GAGGCCGGUAGCGCUGGGCUACCCUUGGGCCUCCUAGAUCGCAGGGCUCCGGAUUCUCGAAGGGGUCACCGCCAUGGCCGGGUGUGCCCGCGGGUCCGCGCGUGCAGUGCUCGCCUUCCUGCUGGCGCCCGCGCUGGUGGCCCUGCUGGUGGCGCCGGCGCGGGGUCGGGGUGGCCGGGGCCACGGGGACUGGGGCGCCGCCGAGCUGCUGCCGCCCCGCGAGAACGCGGCGCUGGUGGCUCGCUUCGUGACGAACGUCUGCGACUGGGGCGCGCUGGCCACCAUCUCCACUCAGGAGGGGGUGCGCGGCCGGCCCUUCGCCGACGUCUUAUCGGUCAGCGACGGGCCCCCGGCCAAGGGCAGCGGCGUGCCCUACUUCUACCUGAGCCCGAUGCAGCAGUCGGUGGGCAACCUGAAGGAGAAUCCAUAUGCUACGCUGACCAUGUCUUUGGCAGAGACUAGUUUCUGCAGGAAAUAUGGAUUUGAUCCCCAAAGUCCCCUCUGUGCUCACAUAAUACUAUCAGGAACUGUUAUCAAGGUGAGUGAAGCAGAAAUGGAUGUUGCAAAGAAUUCAUUAUUCAUUCGACACCCUGAGAUGAAAACCUGGCCAUCCAGCCAUAAUUGGUUCUUCGCUAAGUUGAAUAUAACCAAUAUCUGGGUCCUGGACUACUUUGGUGGACCAAAAAUAGUGACGCCUGAAGAAUAUUAUAAUGCCACAUUUCAGUAAGUAUUUACAUGUCUUUCAUC